AUGUACGGAAUCGAUUCCACUGUCUCCGCUGCCAUUGCUGUUGCUGCCGCUGCCGACGGAGGCACUUGCUACAACCUAGUGCUGAAGCUGGCAGGGGCAGCCGCAGCAGACUUUGCUACUGAAAUAUCUGCUGCUGCAGCGCAGCAACGUCCGCCUUACCAACCGUCCGCCGGAAAACAUAUCACAAAGGCAGUCGCAACGACGGCAACAGGAGCAGCAUCAGAUACACCCAGAGCAACAGUCAACGCAGAAACAGCUGCUACAGGAACAAGUAAAAUGGAUGAAAGUAGAAAUCAACAGGGGGCUGUAGGAGGUGGCUGUGUGGCUUCAACUGAAGGCGGGGACCUCCCAUGGGUGGAGCGCUAUCGCCCGAGGACCCUGAGUGAUAUUCUCUCCCAUGACGACAUCAUUCAGACAAGCAAGUCUUUCCAAACCCUAGACAUUCAACGGUAUGUGGACAAGGGGCAACUGCCCCACCUUCUCUUCCAUGGCCCUCCUGGAACUGGCAAGACGUCCACCAUUUUGGCCGUGGCCAGGCAACUCUACGGCUCGCAGCAGGCCUCACACGUGCUGGAGUUAAAUGCUUCGGACGACAGAGGAAUUGGGUCGGUGCGAGAGUUGGUGAAGACAUUCGCGGAGACCACUUCUGCUUCUUUUUCGCUGUCUGGGUCUGCCCCCUCCGGGCCCCCCAAACUCAAACUGAUCAUACUGGAUGAAGCAGAUCAAAUGACAUCGGCAGCUCAGAAUGCGCUUAGAAGAAUCAUGGAAACUUACGCGCGGAAUGUGCGGUUUUGUCUGAUAUGCAACUUUGUCAACAAAAUAACUCCCGCGAUUCAGUCGAGAUGCACUAGCAUGCGCUUCACUCCCCUCAAACCUGAGGCGCUCAGGCGGAAAGCGGAAGAAGCUGCAAAAUUAGAGAGCAUGUCCGUCACAGAGGACGGUUACGAAGCUCUCUUGCGAAUCGCCAGUGGAGACAUGCGUCGGCUUCUCAACUGCAUGCAAGCGGCCUGCAUGGCUCACCCAGGGGAGCCCGUCGACGGCGAGUUGGUGCACCGCGUGCUCGGGUUACCUCAGCCAAGUGAAGUGAAGUCCAUUAUGCAGGUUCUUUUGGAGAAAGACUUGGGCACGUGCUCUUCAGCUCUGCACAAUCAGAUGCAGAACAUGAAGUUGCCUGUUCCUGUGGCUCUGACCCUCGUGACCCGCCUUGCCGACAUUGAGUAA